AUCUACUCGCGCAGGGAGGGAGGGAGGUAGCGGUGGGGCAAGGUGCAACGUGAUUGUUGUUCCAAACCUCCAACCCGAGCCGAACCGCCCCUGUACAGCACCAUAUCUUAUCAUGUUUCGCUGCAUUAAGAUAUGCAUUGUUAGAGCGUAUAUGCUACUUUGCCCACUGGUAAAAGCUCGAGGAACCAUGUGUACACCUGCCCCCUUUUUUUGGGAUCCUAUAGCAUGCAACUCCACUGUAGGAGCGGGGCUGUCGAUGCACGAGACAAAUCCUCCACAAGUUACCGACUGAGAUGCAUGCGCACAAGUCAUCUGUCAGGGGGUAACAAACAACUUUUUGAGGUAAUGUAUGCGUUAAUGCACACCGGAUCAACAGGACCACGCGCCCCCUGAUCGCUUAUGUGAUGUGGAAAAUAGUAGCCUGGUCUAGGGAAUUUCUACCGGCCCUGAACUUCACAUAGCCCGUCUUCGCAAGUGAAGGGGAUUCCCCCCACGCUUCUCGAAGAAGUUUUUUUUAAGCAACAGAGCCCAUUAUAUAGCCUAAACCUUCAUGCGUACAGGGAAGUACCCCUCCUGUGGUGGAUCACCAAGCCUGUUAAAUGUUGUAACUUGCUUCCUGUGUGUUUCAGGAGGGCCGGGUAAAGGUGGCGGAGAAGACCCCGCCAAGUCCCCCGAGCAGGAGGACCGGACUCGACCUCAGAUCCUGUCGGGAUCGGGCUUCUGCAAAUGGUUCAACGUCCGAAUGGGCUUUGGAUUUAUCUCAAUGACCAACAGCGAAGGGAGCCCCGUUGACCCCCCUCUGGAUGUUUUCGUCCACCAAAGCAAACUGGUGAUGGAGGGCUUCCGCAGCUUAAAGGAGGGUGAGCAGGUGGAGUUUACCUAUAAGAAGUCCUGUAAGGGCCUGGAGUCCCUGCGGGUGACCGGACCUGGUGGGGGACCCUGCGCAGGCAGCGAGAGAAGACCCAAAGGGAAGGUCCCGAUCCAGAAACGCAAACCAAAGGGAGACCGGAAUUUAAUGAUUCAUACGUACCAGUCUCGGCUUCAUCCAACAAAAGCUGAAUAUAUCUGUUAUAACUGUGGAGGUCUGGAUCACCAUGCCAAGGAGUGUGGCCUGCCCCCCCAGCCAAAGAAAUGCCACUACUGCCAGAGCAUCACGCACAUGGUGGCUCAGUGUCCCCACAAGGCGCUGGCGCCCGCCACAGGCUCUCAGGACCAACACGCGUCUACCUCGGCCUUCAGCCCAGGGACCGGGCCCUACCUCUGCCCCCCAGAGGAGGAGGAGCGCUCUGCCUCGUCUCCCCUGGAGGGCUCCUCCUCUUCCCCCGAGGAGCCCCACACACACCGGGGACCCCGGACCCAGAGGUGGAGGAAAUCCUGAAGACAGCCCAUAGAGGUGAACCCUUCACCGCUAACUCCUGACCCUCAUGUCUCCACUCAAUCAAGGAUAUCUGAAGCCCCCCCCCCUCAUCUACCUCACACCUGUGAAAAAAAUGGGAGGGUCUUGAUUUCUUUACUGUUUAUUUUAGUUUAAUUUUUCUAACCAGCGCAGCUAUGGCAACGAUCAAUGGGGUACGGACGUUUGUGAAUGUGUGUCGCUGACUCGCAGUCAUCUUGUGCAGCUAUGGACUGCAGGGAAUGACUUGUUUCAAUCAGUGCAGCUCAAGAUUGAAACCACAAUGUAAGAAUCUUACUUUUUAUUCUCCUCGGACCUAAGUGUUGGCCAUUUUGAAUGUUUUUUCGUUACAGAUGUUGUCGAUUUUAAAGUCCCAAAUUUAUAUCCUCUAGGCCUAAUCAUUCCGCAUAUCAUGUUGCAUCCUUUUGGCACACACAGUAAAUUUUUUCAAGAAGGAUUAGAAGAGGACUUUUAAAAGCUCAGAACCCUCUAAGCAUUAAUCCAGACCCAUAGGAUUGUUAGCUUGGCUUAUGAAGAUCAUUAGGGAAACCUUAUGGAUUCCAGAGGGUAUUUUUAAAACAACGGUGAGCUGCUAAAAAGAAAUUCUCUAAAUUCUGGAAACGCUCGCUACAAACCUGUCUUACAUGAAAUAGACUGGACCAACUGAUUGUCACUGAGUGAGCAUGUGUGUUUGUGCGAGACUGAGAGAGGAAACAGGAACGUGUGUGCUUGUAUGUGUGUGUUGUGCAUGCUCUGAAAGAAAGCCUAACUGUCAGACUGGCCUCUGCUCCAGGUGCGGGUCAACACUUAUAACGUUUUGGUUUCCUGUUAUUAGAGAUAGACCAUUUUAGAUAAGACUAUCAUAUAAUCCAGUUAGAUCAUAGUUUAGUUUUGAUCAUUAGUUGCAUUUGUUGCAUAAUUAGUUGAAAAUAACAUUACAGUUUAUAAAAUCAUAGUAUAAGUCAUUAAUAUAUGUAAAGUCACAAGAUAUAAUUAAAAUUCUAUUAACUUUAAGUAAUGCAUAUAUAAGGAAUCGGCUCUGACAUAGGUGAAUAGCCCUGUAUAUUGCAUGGGAUAUUUUGUCGUUGUGUGAAAAUUCGUAACUUGCUCUCUAUUUAACCGUUUUAAUCCAAAACAAAUCCAACUGACCUUCUAAAAAAAAAAAAAAAAAAAAAGCCUCCACACCUUCUCCAUUAGUUCAAGAAGUCAGUAGUCAAUUCUGACCCAGCACAAAGACUCACCUUGUUUGAUUAAAGGUGCAGACCUUUACAGUGUCAUCGCAGCUGCUCUACUUAUUUAAUACCUCACCAAUUCUUCCUCUUGGAAAAGAAUAUCACAGAACGCCAAGCUGUUUGCUCUCAUAGCUGUGUUGCAGCACGAUCCAACCACCUGUUCCUCUUCCAUCUGUGCCUACCAGUUGUUAGUUAGCACCAGCCAGGUAAUACUCAGUCCUCUUUGGGAUUGGAGGCCAUAGCUGCUGUUUCAGACUUACUGAAGAGAGAGAGGGAGGGAGGGAGAGAGAGAGAGAGAGAGAGAGUGCUGCUAAUGGUAUAACUUGAAUCCCAAGCAUGGCUUUAGUAGCACUUAUUUGUGACCUUACAACUCUUCUCUGACCAUAUUGAAUGUGAAAAGAGCUUAUCUGAAGUCGACUCCUCACAAAGUUUAUGUCGGGUCGCUUUGGAGUUGUAUCUUAAUGUUCUGACAAAUCAAAUAACUUUGUAUGAUGAUAUCAAACUAGCUUGUGUGUUUUUAAAAGCUCUUAAGUAGACAACCAACUGUUCUUGGUAUAUUUCUAUACCAAAGAGUUUGGCUUUUAUUUUUUGAUGGCAUUUAAAGUUUAGACUUGCUGAAGUGCUUGCUAUCCUUGCUCUUUCACAAUAAGAGGGACUUAUUGCUGAAAGCGCAACACUGCGGAAGUUUUUUUUUUUUUAAUUAAUGUACAGCUUUUUGAAUGUGUGUGUUUGUU